ACAUGUCCGUCCACAGAACAAAGUAUGCUGCAGUGGUUUGUGGUGGCGGCCCUGCAGGAAUCACGGUGCUUGGAAACCUUCUGGAAAGAAAGGUUGGGCCAGUGCUUUGGGUUGAUGACCUCUUCGAGGCUGGCAGAGUGAACAAAUCAUAUAGAGAGGUCAAACUGUUCGUGGACUUUGCAGAGGCCGUGUCACCCUUUCAGAAGAUCUUGAAGGACACUCCAUCACCUCAUGCAGUCGACUAUCUUCGAGGCCUACCCCAAGAUACUGGAUGUGAUCUCGGCUAUGCCGCAGACAUGUGCCUGAUGCUUACGGAAGGUCUAAAGAAGGCAUCCGGUGUUGAAGCCCGUCAAGGUCGAGUCACCGAAGCAACUCUCAGCGAGACAAGCGACUGGGUUGUCAAUGUCAGGCUGUCAAAUGGUGAGAUGAGCAAGGCUAUUGCAUCCAGAGUCAUUCUCUGCACCGGCUCUUCUCCGACAAACCAGCAACUUCCUGUUUCGAAUUCGGAUCUAUCACCCCUAGAACUGGACCACGCUCUUAGCCCGACUCUCUUGGCGAAGGCCAUCCCCAAAGAGCCCACAACUGUUGCCGUGAUUGGCGCAUCCCACAGUGCCGUCCUGGUACUCAUCAACCUCCACAACCUAGCUUCUACUACUCACCCUGACCUACGAAUCAAAUGGUUCACAAGGCAUCCUCUUCGAUAUGCCGAGUUCAUGGACGGCUGGAUUAGACGUGACAAUACGGGUCUGAAGGGUGCAGCAGCAGCAUGGGCCAAGGAAAACCUAGAACCCGAGAAGUUCGAGUCAUCCUCUGUCAGCAAGUUUAUCAACAAGGUGGCCUACGAGAAAGAAAACGAAACCCAAACUUACGAAAAGCAUCUCUCUGAUUGCAAUCGCUAUGUGCAAGCCAUUGGCUACACUAGAGAUCCUCUACCCGGACUCAAGGAUACCGCUGGCUCCGACAUCACCUACAACUACCAGCCGGACACAGGGUCGUUUAAGAAUGUCGAUGGAAAGCAGAUUCCUGGACUCUUUGGUGCUGGCAUUGCUUGGCCCGAGAGGGUGACUGACCCCGAAGGAAGUGUGGAAUGGGCAGUAGGCUUCUGGAAGUUCAUGCGUUAUGCAAAGAGAGUGGUCCCCAACUGGAAC